UAUUUGCCUUCGGCUACUACGGCCACAAACGCGGUAUUACGCUUUCAGUUAUACGUUUUUACGUUUUCAUAGUUGAGUUUGUUCGGUCUUUUCUUUUUUUUGUAAUCUUGGGCCUGCUCUCGAGGUUGUGAUCUUAAGCGACGACAAACAUUAUCAAAAAGAAUAAAGUAAAUAAAACAAAAAGAAGAAGCUUCAAAGACUACCAAGUGGGCAAAAAAAAAAGAAGAAAAGGAAGCAGCAACAACAACAACAAAUAAAACACAAACAUUUCAAUAAAUUUUUUUUAUUGUUAUUGGUUUGUUAAGUUGUAUGUGCUUGAGAGUGUGUGCGUGUGUGAGUGUAUUUUGCCUAUAACGCUACGGAACGCGUUCGAAGUGCGGCUGCUGCAGCAGAGGCUAGUAUUGCUGCUGCUGCUAAUAUAGCUUUGCUAAAAUCAUUUCUAAAAUUAAACCUCAAGAAAAAAAAAAGAAAAUCAAACGUACACACGUUCGCGCGCGUCCAUACAGAGUGUAGAUGAAUUCGUUGUUGAUAUGACAGACAUACGGACGCUGUUGUUGUAAAGCCAUAGAGAAAAGAACUAAAAAAAACAUAAAAAGCAAACUCUGCCUUUUUAACCAGAGCAAAGAGAGAAAAAAUCACAAAUUUCCUAUAAACAUCCAUAGUGCUGCCUUUAAUACCCUGGGGAGGGAUGUCAAUAUGUGCUAGGCCGACAAGAAAUUAAAAUAUGCAGUUAUUGAGGCCAAAUUAAAAAUAAAAGAAAAUUUAGAAAAUAUAAAAAAAUAUUCCAUAAACCUUAAACAAUGCCUCGAGGGUAUAGAAAACGUUGAACGUUUAUAUUUUUUUUUAUUGUUGUCUCAAUGCUUUUUUGUUGUGCCGUUAAAUUGGAUUUUUUUUUUUUGAUUAUUUUGUUUUUGUAAUUUAAUAAACUUUAUUUACUUAUGUACAUUUGCUAUUUGUGUGUGUGUGCGUGUGUGUCAAAUGUUGUGGCUUUUUGUUGUCAGCACCAGUGCCAGAGUAGCCAUUGUAGUUCACCAAAACAAAAAAUAAAAAUAAAAAUUUCAUUUUCAUUCUGAACAAACUUUAAAGAUAAAAGCACUCCCAGACCUACUUCACCAUCACCCGAGCACCAGCACACCUCCACCAACACCACAUAUACAACAACAAAGAGAUGCAAAAAUCGAAACAAACAAGAAAAAAAUAAAAGCAGAGCCAUGAAUGCCAUCAAACUCAAAUAAACAAAAAAAAACAAAAUAAUUCUAGAACAAAUAAACACCACAACUGCCUGAAUUUUAAAGCAAACAGAAAAAUAUUCGAAAAAAAAAUCUCAAAAUAAAAACAGCCUAGUAACUGUUUCGUUUAAAACAGAGAAGAGUCUGCAUAAAAAUCCAAAAACCACUUUUCAACCAUGGGUCUACGGGCAAAAGCUCCUGCCACCACCACCACAACUCUGAAUAGCGGUAAUGCUGCAACCGCUGCCAAACACAAACUCAUAAAUGGUGCCCGAAAAUUGAACAAAGCCUUUAGUCGCACAAAUACCACCAAAAUGGCCAUGGCUGCUACAUCACCAGCAUCUCCAUCAGCUUCUUCGACCACAUCAUCAUCUUCGUCUGCGUCAUCAUCGCCAAUAUGUCUCAGUCCUAAUGGCAAGAUUGAUCAUCCACAGACAUCAGCAUGCAGCUUUACCAGCAUACGUACCACUUUCCGCAGCAGUUCUACAUCGGCCUUGCUGGUAGCCUCUGCUGUCAAUAUGCGUCCCCAAACCCUUAAUGUGCAUCAUCAUCUGCAAACACCAACGGAUCAUACACAAAUAUUUUUGGGUGAGGUCUUAGCUGCCUGGCGUGCCAAAGCAAGAUGCAAUGUUGUACCUGCCGAUCGUACCCAAGAGCUAUUUCACGAACUAAGUUUUCAUCCAAAUGACAAACAGAUUAGCGAUAUGCUACAAACCGCUAAAUUGUUGGCCCGCAAAGGCAGCCGCCAAUCGAAUGGCCUGACAUUUGGAGAAUUUUGUGUUUUGGCUGCAGAUUUAAAAAGAUUUCGCACUUCUUCAUUUGGUUCCACUUCGCCGGGCUAUUGUGACAAAUCCCAUAUACUUAGCUCACUGCAUGAUGAUAAUUUUGCUGGAGGAGCUGCUGUUGCUGCAACAGCUACUGCUGAUAAUGAUAAUGAGCACAAGACGAAGAACACAACAACAACAACGACAAGCUUAAAUUGCACUUUUCCAGGAAGUGAACUGCGCAGCACAAAAUCUUUAAGCAGUGUAGAGGACUGCAAUAAGAAACAACAUGAACAAAAGCCAGGAGAGCCAACAUCAGCUCCCGUAGAGGUAUUCUUAGGAGGCUCUUGCAAUCCCACAACCUGGCGAGCUGAUGUUGCCAUACCUGCUCUAAAAGAGUCCGGCAUUUCAUUUUAUAAUCCACAAGUUUCCGAUUGGACGCCAGAUCUCAUUGAACUUGAGCAUCGUGCUAAGGAGAAAGCGCGAGUGUUAUUCUUUGUUAUGGAUUCAGAAACACGCGCGUCUGCUGGUGCCAUUGAGGCGGCACAUAUAGCGGGUCAAAACUGCAAGCAGCUGGUGCUGGUCCUGCAUCCUUACAGGCCUAACCAAAGUAUACUCAAUGAACAUAUAUCUCAGCAAGAGUAUAUCGAUCUAACGCGCAAUCAAUUAAUCUUACGCGAACUGGUUACCCGUCGUGGUUUGCCAGUGCUCAAUAAUAUACCCUCAGGUCUACAGCGUACCAAGGAAAUUUUAGCCGGUUUUAGAGAUCCUCCUUCGAAUAUAGCUUCAAUUUUAGUUGUUAUACGCGGUGCUUUUGACCGUGUCAAUCCCGUGUAUGAACUCAUCACUGUUGAACAGUGUCAACGUGCUCUCUUGUAUUUGGGCUAUGCCCCAAGCUUAGUUAAUUUGGAUAAUUUACAAAAAAUCAUUGCCGCUCAACGUGAAGCUCUACUGGCUUUGGACAAUGACAACAGCAUCAAAUGUAACAGCAACAGCAACAACAUCAAUACUAGUAGUACAAACUUUAACGAUAACUCAUCGUCAUCAUCAUCAUUGACAUCAACAUCGACAUCAUCAUCUUCGUGUGCUCAAAAUGCCACCUUCUCUCAAAGUGACAAUGUGCAGAGUGGUGGCAAUAAUUCAUCGUUCAAUGCAUCGGCCCAUGGCGAACAAAUUGAUUUUAAUCUCUUCUGUGUAAUAUCGGCCUAUUUGUCGGUAUUGCAACAAGAAAUACAUGAGAGCGGUUGUAUAUCACCAAUCAAAGGUACCAAUGUGCCACCUCCACCGGUAUAUCUCGCAAAUUUGCAAGGUGAAGAUACAUUUGCCAUUACAUAUUUCACAAGCAAAAACAUUUCGCGCACCUCUAGCAACACUAGCGUUCCCAGCAGUGAGGAACGCCUGCCAAACUCUCAUGAUUUUCUUACCCGCAGUCGUGAUAGUGGAACCUCUUCACCACAACCCACGGAGCCAUUGCGUUCACGCUCUCAAGCGCAAAUGGGCAAACCCAAGCAGCAUGUGCUGGUGAAUGUGGAGACCAUAGAGACUACCGAGGUAACCACCACGCAAACCAUACAACCACAGAUGCCGGCGGCGGCCGCUGUUUUAGCAGCUUUGCAGGUGGUGGAUACGGCCACUCAAACAACAGCCACACAUGAAGAGGAGAGUGACUCCAACGAUUCGGUAUUCUCUAGCAGUAGUUCUAUAAAUUCCAUUAAUUGUUGUGACCCUUUGAUGGGUUACGCCACAGCGGCGGCUCCCGACUUCCGUGAGGUCUAUUUGGGUGGCAGCUGUUAUUUGCGUACCAAAUGGCGUCAGGAAUUAGCCAUACCCUAUUUGAAAUCCAAAGGCAUUUCAUUUCAUUUACCCGCUUUGCAUGAGAGUCUAAAUCCCAGUCUAUUGGAUUUGCCCGAUAAACCUGCGGUGGCAGAGGAGGACGAUAAUAACAAAUCCUCAGGGCCCAAUUGGAGGGUGCGCAGCCGUCAGCCUAAAUCGACGGCGGCCAAUUUCAUGCGUACCCGCCGGAAAUGUCGCACCAACAGCGGGGCCAACAAGACGACCAAUGAGGAGACCGUGGAAGAGCUGACCAUAGCUGAGGAAUCUCUGAGUUGGACUUUGUCGCCAGUACGAACGAAUCUCUUCAAUCCCCUAUUGCUCGACUCAAGUCGAGUCCUAUUAUUUGUUAUCACCAAUGAAACACGCUCUCUGGCACCCAUGACAUUAGCAGCUCAUUGCAUAGGUCUCAUGUACAAUGUGGUAUUGGCGGUGCAGAUGUUGCCCGAGGAUUGUGUUAUAGGCAAUGAGAAGCUCACUCCCACCGCCAUUAAGGAUUACAAUCGUGGCCGUUCCUAUUUGAUUGAUUUGGCCAAGCGUCAAGGUGUACCCGUUUUCCAUGAUAUUAAGGCAGCUUUGGAGUGUACUGUGGAAAAAAUUCAAUCUUACAAUUCACGACGUUAUGAAUAGAAAGCCAUUGUGGGGCAACCCCCUCAGCAAGUUGACUUUGACAUUUUUAAAUGCUGGAUUUUAUUUUAUUUUUUUGUAAAUAUUAGUUAAGAACCCUUUAAACCUGACAGCUCUUUAAGCUUCACUCCUAAGCCCCUAGAUUUGCAGCAAAUUCGUUUUUACCUCCCUUCAUAAGUUAAGAGUUUCUUUUAUGUUUUGGACCAUAUAUUUCUUGACGCAAAUUGCCUUUCCCACAGCCUCCUUUAUCUCUAUCCUAUUCAAAUUGACCACAGUGUAUAGUAAAGAUUUAGUUAAAUUUAGGAAAUGCUAAUAAUGUUUAAGAUCAACACAUUCAAAUUCAAUGCAUUAACAUAAGAUAAAAUAACGAUAAUAAUAAAAAAAAAUAAUAAUUUAAUCCUAAAAA